CCUAAUUUUUGUCCAGUUGGUGGACUCAACUCUGCCAUUGGUUUCUGGCGUAGUGGCGGUUGGGCGCACUUCUGCCGAGUCCCUGCCUCGCAAGUUCAUCCGAUACCGACACAGAUCACUCUGGAAGCGGCCGUAUUUGUCCAACCGAUCUCGUGCAUUCUUCGUGGCUGGGAUCAGCUGGGCUCGUUACCAACAGAUGCGGAUAUCCUGAUUUGUGGUACCGGCAUCAUUGGGUUACUUUUUGCAAGCAUAGCCCAUUUCAAAGGUUAUCGUAGGGUUAUCCUAACCCAGAAAUCGGAACGGCGCCGAGCCCUGACCUCUGGAAUGAAGUUGGGAUACAAUGUCGUUCACCCGGAAAGCCUCGAGAUUCUAUACAAACGAGCGAUCACCAACAAAGAUGUCAAUUGGGGUUUCGACGCGAUCAUUGAUUGCACUGGUUCACCAGAAGCUAUCCAACAAGCGUUUAAUUGGCUUCGCCGUGGAGCCACCUUCUGUGUUUUUGGCUGUUGUCCGAAAACUUCUGAAAUUAAAAUCAAUUCAUUUGAUAUAGUAUUUAAAGAAAUAAAGAUAGUUGGAUCACUUAUUAACCCGUUCACCUUCGCAAGAGCCAUACAACUGGUCCAGGAUAUGGCCAAGGAUUAUUUGGGUUACAAGAAGUUGGGCGUUGAAAUGUUUAAACUCGAAGACUAUGCCCAAGCACUCUCGACCUUGAAAAGUGGAAAGAUCUCGAAAGCUGUUUUUGAAAUUUGA